ACAUCCGAAUCCUUCAACUCCAAGUCCUAGUUGUUUUUCUUCGCCAUGCCAGUUUCGCUCUCUCCAUCCCAGCCAAGAAGUGCAAAAAAGUCUCUCAAGAGAGUCUCAAAAGCGAUCAUGAAGUCGUAUCGCGUGCGCAUACCAAAAUACGACUUGCCUAUUCGUCUACGCCCGUGGUUCAUCUUCUUCACUUGUGCAAUCAUGGUAAUCCUCGCAUUCCUGAGCUUUACAAACGUCUCCAGGUCUCUUCCACUUAACGACAAAUUGCUGCACUUCAUCUGCUUUUGCAUCGCGACCGGAGUGUUCUACUUUAUAUUCGAUGUAGAAGAGGAUGCUCGAAGAAUAUGGUUUUGGCGCCAUUCCGGCCUGCUUUUCACCGCAGUGAUCUGCUUUUUUUUCGGAGGACUUGUCAGCGAAAUCGUUCAAUCGAUGCUUCCGUACAAAGAAUUCCACUUUGGUGAUGUCGUGGCAAACAUGCUUGGAUCCACCAUCGGCCUAUAUAUAGCAUACUAUGUCGAACGAUAUUAUCGUCACAGAAGAGAGAUUGCUCGCUUGUAUCGUCCGCUUGAUACUGAGUCUGUACUUUCCGACGAUGAGGAUCUUUCAGAAGACGGAAGUGGACAAGGGACACAACUUCUACCCACACACUAUGUAACCUCACCAAUUGGUCAGGGCAAACAUUCUGCUUCUACCAAAGGGAAAGCAUACAAGGCAGACAGACUGGCCGAUGUUUGGGACGAACGAGAGGAAUUGUUCGGUAUCGGAGACGACAGUGACGUAGAAGACAAUUCAGGAUCCAGUGGAGCACCAUCGCACAAAACAACUCAUGUACGAUUUGAACAGCCGCCACCAAGAAAUACUCCCUCUAACUCAUGAUCGAGUUGUGUCUUGGAUAUUGAUAUAAUGUAUAGUAGACCAACCAUCCUUUCCAUGGACAAUAUUUAGCGGAUCCAUGUAUCACUGAAGCACUAGAGUAAAAUUGGACAAGUCGGAUAAUAUUUAUUGGGAUGAUGAUUCACGGCUAUCUUUCUCCCGGAGUGCUUGCAAGUUACAUUCCAGCUGUCCCAGCUCAUCUUCUAUCUCCCCAACUUCGUCCUGUCGUUUCUCGACUAGUUUAUCUAGCCUCUCACAAGCUUGUGACGCCACGAUCACCACUUUGUUGUCGACAGUCUUCUGAAGGGUAUCCUUCAGAUCCCUUCUAAGACCAUCGCCGACUCUAUUCCAAUCCUGCAUCCACCGACGUUUUGCCCUCUCCCACUUUCCAACGGCCCAUCUGAUACUGACCACGGUUCCUAACAUGCCAAUACCAACAGCGGUACCCACUUCUGUUCCUGGCAUACCUAUGAUGUUCUCACCGAAUCCAAGCCACCAGCCCAGCCCAGAGCCUCCUAGAACGCCACCAAAUGUACCUAAGGCUGCUUGUUGGGCUGCAAGAUGGAGACGAGUAGUGGAAUAGUCAACUAGUUGACCCUGCCGGGUGGACAGAGGCUGUAUGAGGGAAGACGAAAUUAGUCUAUAGGAUGGUGAUGAAGAAAGUUGCUGAAGUUCGUUGACGAUGAGGGGAGAAUGGAAACUACGAGUGGUUGCAGGCGGCGAAAGUUUGGAUAACAAAGCAAACGUCGAGGAGG